AUGAGUGAUCUUCUGACGAUGAGCGAGACGGUCUCUGCAUUCUUCUACGGAACGCUGCUGCACCCUUCCAUCCUCCGACGCGUUAUCGGACAUGAUGGUGCGCAGCUUGAAAUCUGCCCGGCUUUACUGCUGGAACACACCCGUCAUAAAAUCAAAUAUGCCGACUACCCCGGCGUAAUUCCUUACACCAAGAGUCGAACGCUCUUUAGCAGGGAACUUACCCCAGAAGAGCGCACAGUAAGGGGAACGGUCGUUACCGGACUAAAGCUUCAUGAUAUCGAUCUGCUGGAUAUAUUCGAAGGAAGAGAAUACACGCGCCAAAGUAUCUCAGUGCAUCCUCUCGGCUCAUUCACCUCGCUCGAGUCCGCCGCCGCGUAUUCCGCCGUGCCCAUGACCUCUCCAUUGCUCCCGCCGCUGGACGCACUCCCUGGGCCGCUCUCCGCGCAGACAUACAUCUGGGCGCGUCCGCUGACUGAGCUCACACCCGAGCUCUGGGAGUACGCCGACUUCGUUCGCGACAAUGCAUGGAAGUGGGUCGGGGAUGGCAGCCGCAACAACGCGGACUACGCCGAAGUUGAUCGCCGGCGGGCGAUGAAUGGGAACAUCGUGAGCACGGAGACCGUGAGCACCGACUCAGAGGAUCACAGAAAGACAGUGAUGGAAACCUUCGACGAAGGGACCGUUCAGGCUUGA